ACUAACAAUUUUUCGACAUCUAUUUCACGGAUACCACUUAAUUCGAAAAGAAAUCUUGACGGGGGGGGUUGGGCCUUGCUUAUGUCGCUUCAGUUGGUUACUGUUUUAAGUGAUUACUGCACUCGCAAAGGUCUAUUAACUGCCCAGAAAGAUGGCUCCGGAAGCUUAAGAAUUUCCGCACUCUCCAUUACGUUGAGUUCUGCUAUAGCUACACUCAUCCCCUUUUCUCUUUUACAGUUUGCGCUGUCAAAGUUCACUUCAUUUACGCUUACACCGUGCUAUUUCGAGGAGAAGCCACCUGAUCUUUUAUCUUCCCUACACAUUACUGUCGACUGUCUACCGCAGGGGCCGCUUUCCAUGGGUAGACAGAUUCAGCUGCAUCCAAUAAUUAUUCCUUGCAUGGCCUGUUUGUCACCUUUGUACUAUCUCUGUGUGAGUGUUCUUGCCGAAAAAGAAACCUACAUUCAUUUCAAAACUGCUUCGGCUGUGGCCGUUUCAAUAAUGAUCGACAUCAUUAGCAAUUUGGAAAGUGCAAGCAUCAGCUCCACGCUGAUUUCUUAUUUUUCGGGUCUGCUAUGUCUUGCUGGCUGUGUGCUACUCAUAUUAAAAACAAAAUUUCAGAAAAAGGAGGCUUUGUCUUUGACUUUACUUAUAGUGGCCACAUUUCUGUGGAUUAUUCUUGUAAAAUACUCAUUUACUACUUGGAGAAUAAACAUGUUUGCCCUAUUAUCAAUGGAAGCUACUAUGGCUCCCAUUAGCGUUUUUGCCUUCUGUAUACUUUUUAAAAAAUUAAGCAAAAGCAAUUUUUUAUUUUUCGAUGAAAUUGGAAGCAAAGUUCUUCAAAUUUUUGGCGAACACAAAGAAAAGGAAUUCCUUCUGACUGAUGAGGUCACGGCUUCAAACUCGGAAACUGAAGUAACGGGGCCCUCAAUUGCGUUAAAUUCAGAAGAUGCUGUAAUUCAAACGACCAAUAGUAACCGCCCCUCCCCACAAAAUUCAAGUGUUUUUCACAUCUCUACAACUUCCUUAAGGUUGAGUUUGUUCAGCGGUUCUUCCAGCUUCUGGCUGUUGAUCAGUAGAGUACUGGCUAACUUGGAAGCGAUAUUUUUUACACAUAUAGUGGCCAACUCUGGUGUUGGUCAAGUUCUUUUUCUUUCGUUAUGCCUGCGGUUACUACUUGUGUUCAUAUCGAACUAUCUUUACUUUUAUGCACAGUAUAAAAGUUUUUUUCGCUCCGAACUUGUUUCUCUCGCUUUGUUGUUCGCAUCUGUAGUGAUGAUGACUUUCAUAUAUGUGUUUAUUCUGAAGGGCUGGAAACAAGGAAACCUCUUUUUCAGGGUAGUUGUGCAGUUCAAGUCCAUUAGGAUUUUCCACUUUUCUAUUCCAAGAAGGGCCUUUGCAGUUCAAGACCCCGCAAAGAAUUUACAAGUUACGGCAGUCCCGGGGACUUAUAUGUAG